CCUACAACGACAGCGUCCAGGCCGCCCGCAACGCCGCCUGCACCCCGGGCCGUUACAACGAGCAACCCGACGACGGGGUCCCCAACGUGCCCAAGCGGGCCUGCCGCUUUAACCGGAGCGCUCUAGGACCCUGCGCGGGGCUGGGGCCGCCCCAUAGCGAGACCUACGGCUACGGCACGGGCCAGCCCUGCGUGCUCGUCAAGAUCAAUAGGAUCAUCAACUUCUUCCCUGGGAGGAACAAGAGCAUCAACGUGGUCUGCGCAGCAAAGGACGAGGAAGACGCCGCCCUCCUGGGCCCCCUCCACCUCUUCCCCCCCAAUGGCUCCGUGGACCUCAUGUACUUCCCCUACUACGGCAAGAGGGUGCACGUGAACUACUCCCAGCCGGUGGUGGCCGUGCUCUUCGCCAACGCCACGCCGGGGGUGCAGCACCACGUGGAGUGCCGGCUGCGGGAGGGGCGGCGCGGCGACUAUCGCGACAGCGGCGGCGACUAUCGCGAUAACGGCGGCGAAUAUCGCGAUAACGGCGGCGACUAUCGCGAUAGCGGAGGGGACUAUCGCGAUAAAGGCGGCGACUAUCGCGAUAAAGGCGGCGACUAUCGCGACAGCGGAGGCGACUAUCGCGACAGCGGCGACGGGAGGGACAAGUUCGCCGGCAGGGUGGCGUUCCGGCUGCGGCUGCACCGGGACUGA